CUAUAAAACACACAUGAAUAUCAGUGAACUGUCAAAUGGAAGACUGUGACCAGACUCCGAUCAUGAAAACAUUAGAGGCUGCCAUGACAAAUAAUUGGCAAUUGUGUGGUGGCCAUCGGACCUCACAUGUUCCUGGUGGCAACUUGUAAUCGUCUAAUCAGUGGUGACAGCGGCAUCUAGGGGGUUAAAAUACUGUCAUUGGCUCAUAUCAAGACAAGCAAUACAAGUCUACGGAGGAGGGAGCUCAAGACAAGCAAUACAAGUCUAUGUAGGAGGGAGCUCAAGACAAGCAAUACAAGUCUAUGGAGGGGGGAGGAGGGAGCUCAAGACAAGCAAUACAAAUCUAUGGAGGAGGGAGCUCAAGACAAGCAAUACAAGUCUAUGGAGGGGGAGGGGGGAGGACGGAGCUCAAGACAAGCAAUACCAGUCUAUGGUGGGGGAAGCUCAAGACAAGCAAUACAAGUCUAUGGAGAGGGAAGAAAGGGAGCUCAAGACAGGCAAUACAAGUCUAUGGAGGGGGGGGGGAGAAGGGAGCUCAUGACAAGCAAUACAAGUCUGUGGAGAGGGAAGAAAGGGAGCUCAAGAUAAGCAAUACAAAUCUAUGGAGAGGGGAGGAGGGAGCUCAAGACAAGCAAUACAAGUCUAUAGUGGGGAGGAGCUCAAGACAAGCAAUACAGGUCUAUGGUGGGGGAGCUCAAGACAAGCAAUACAAGUCUAUGGAGAGGGAAGAAAGGGUGCUUAAGAAGGAAAAAAUGACUAAAACAAGCCUAUGGAGAGGGGAGGAGGGAGCUCAAGACAAGCAAUAUAAGUCUUUGGAGGGGGAGGAAGGAGCUCAAGACAAGCAAUACAAGUCUAUGGAGAGGGAAGAAAGGGAGCUCAAGACAGGCAAUACAAGUCUAUGGAGGGGGAGAAGGGAGCUCAAGACAAGCUAUAUAAGUCUAUGGAGAGGAAAAAAAGGGAGCUCAAGACGGACUAAUACAAGCCUAUGGAGGGAGGAAGAGGGAGCUCAAGACAAACAAUACAAGUCUAUAGUGGGGGGAACUCAAGACAAGCAAUACAGGUCUAUGGUGGGGGAGCUCAAGACAAGCGAUGCAAGUCUAUGGAGAGGGAAGAAAGGGAGCUCAAUACGGACUAAUACAAGCCUAUGGAGGGAGGAGGAGAAAGCUCAAGACAAGCAAUACAAGUCUAUGGAGGGUGGAGGAAGGAGCUCAAGGCAAGCAAUACAAGUCUAUGGAAGGUGGAGGAAGGAGCUCAAGACAAGCAAUACAAGUCUAUCGAGGAGGGAGCUUCACCCACUAGCUCUGAGAGAACUGCAAAUUAUUGGUGAAGCAUGCUUAGUAGAAAUCUGCUGAAAAAUACCAUAUACAAGUUAUAUAAUGGACAAAAAUAGUGCUGCUCCUUAUGUACACACAGGUUAGCAUAUUCUGAAAAGUAAUCUGAAAUCACAGCUUUAAAUUCAAUAUUCCGAUUCAGUAGAAAAUCAAAUACAACACACCGA